ACAACAACAGACCUGCGUGGACACACUCCAGACCAAGUGAGCAAGAGAAUAAACCCACACAAGUGAAUAAUACUCCAUUUCACCCUCAGGUAAAAACACAAUCAUCUGCAGGUCACACGUCUCACAGGUUUUCUCUGGAUCUGGACUCUCAGGAUAUGGACAGUUACUGUGAGAGCGAGAAGAGCUCGUUCGAUUCACACGUGAGGAAACAGCAGCAUCACGAAUGGCCUCCUGCUAAAGGAGAGAGCGACGGCAGCUUCACCAACCACAGCAAACCUGCACAGGGAUUGGCGGAUCAGAACUGGUAUGUUGGUGCAGUUAGUCGUGUGGACGCUGAACACGCUCUUCACCUGGUCAACAGGGAAGGAGCCUUUCUAGUGCGCGACUGCUCGAAGAACACUACCUAUGAGCCCUUGGUCCUCGCUGUGUUUUACGACAAAAGAGUGUUUAACAUUCAGAUCCGCUUCAGUGAUGACAUCAGCAAAUACACUCUGGGAACGGGCCUGAGAACCAAUGACAGGUUUGAUUCUGUCACCGACAUCAUCAAGUUCCACUCCAUCUUUCCCAUCGUUCUCAUUGACGGACGGAAAUCCUCCUCCGCAGCAGCAGCCAAUCAGAGGAGGCAGUGUGUGCUGAUGUACCCAAUCACAAAGCAGGACCUGACCGAGCUGUUGAAAUAAGAGCAAAUACAAACGACCCGCGACAUCUCUGAGACUUUGACUGACCUUUUAACUUUAGAAGACAUGUUUAGUGACUUUGACUAGUACAGACUCCAAAAAAGAGCCAGAGAGAUAAUCUGAUAGAGUGAAGAAAAUCAAAUGUUUAUUAAUGUGGAUGAGUAGAAAUCAAAUUUCUAAAGGAUUCAGUAUUUUUUACAUUUUAAGACACACACAACAACCUUUUUUCCAGAAACUUUUAAUCCAUUUCAGUCUUUAUUUAAUCACACUUAACAUUUUUUUUCUGUCUUUUGUAUUAUUUAAAAUAAAUAUUAUGCUUCUGAAGCCU